UUUCCAACGGAGAGAGCAAGUGGGGCCAGAGGAGACCAGCGAGACGCACCGGGAUAGCAGCCUGUAGAGGAAGAUAACAAAACCGUGACAUCCCAUUUAUUGGACUGAAAUUUUGGAGGACAAACUAGGAGACCACUCUCUCUCUCUCUCUCCCUCUCUCUGUCUGUGGAAACGGAGCCACUCAGGGGACAUACAAAUGUGAGCGACGCGCACGAACAAGACUCAGGUGCAGAGAAACCAAACUGGCGGCGCACUUAGGAUGCAGAAGUCACCAGUGGAAGAUGCCAACUUCCUCUCCAAAUUUUUCUUCUGGUGGACAUCACCACUGCUGAGGAAAGGCUUCAGAAAGAAGCUACAGCUUUCAGAUGUGUAUAAGGCUCCAUCUUAUGAUCUAGCGGACAACCUCUCUGAGAGGCUCGAAAGAGAAUGGGACAGAGAGGUGGUGUCAGCCAAGAAGCAGCCCAAGCUGAUGAGAGCGUUGGCCCGCUGCUUCCUGGGCCCUUUCGCCUUCUUUGGGGUCCUCCUCUACCUCGGGGAGGCUUCAAAGACAGUACAACCUCAGCUUCUGGGUCGUAUCAUUGCCUCCUUUGACCCUUUUCAUGCUCCUGAGCGGAGCCAGGGAUACUUCCUGGCCUUGGGUCUCUGCCUCCUCUUCACUGCUCGCUUCCUACUGUUGCAACCUGCCAUCUUUGGGCUGCAUCACUUGGGCAUGCAGAUCCGCAUCGCCCUCUUCAGUUUAAUAUACAAGAAGACCCUGAAGCUGUCAAGUCGAGUCCUGGAUAAAAUCAGCACCGGUCAGCUGGUCAGUCUGAUGUCAGCCCACCUUAACAAGCUGGAUGAGAGCUUGGGCCUGGCCCAUUUUAUAUGGAUCACCCCCCUGCAGUGUAUACUGUGUGUGGGUCUGAUCUGGGAGCUGAUCGAAGUGAACGGCUUUUGCGCACUUGCAGCUUUGACUCUACUGGGCAUCAUUCAAGCAUGGCUCUCCCAGAAGAUGGGUCCUCACCGGGUGAAGAGAGCAGGGAUGAUCAACCGCCGCCUGGCUCUCACCACAGAGAUUGUUGAGAACAUCCACUCAGUGAAGGCGUACGGCUGGGAGGAGGUGAUGGAAACCAUCAUCAAAAACAUCAGGCAGGAUGAGAUGACACUGACAAGGAAGAUUGGCUCUCUGCGUUACUUCUACAGUGCUGCGUACUUCUUUUCUGCCAUCUUGGUCAUUGUGUCAGCCAUUGUACCGCACGCGCUCAGUAAGGGUAUCAUCCUGCGGCGUAUCUUCACCACAGCCUCCUACUGCAUGGUGCUGCGAAUGACACUGACCCGCCAGCUGCCAGGAUCCAUUCAGAUGUGGUACGACACGCUGGCGCUGGUCAAGAAGAUCGAGGAGUUCUUGAUGAAGGAGGAAUACAGAGUGCUUGAGUACAACCUGACUACAACUGAGCUGGAGCUGGUCAACGUGUCUGCAUCCUGGGAUGAGGGCAUCGGUGAACUGUUUGAGAAGAUCAAGCAGGAGAACAAAAAAAACGGACACCUUAACGGUGAUGCUGGCCUCUUCUUUACCAACCUCUACGUCACACCUGUCCUCAAAAACAUCAGCCUGUACCUGGAAAAGGGCAAGAUGCUUGCAGUAGCUGGUUCCACUGGCUCAGGAAAGAGUUCUUUGCUUAUGAUGAUCCUGGGAGAACUGGUGCCAUCAGAAGGUAAAAUCAGACACAGCGGUCGAGUCUCUUUCUCACCACAGACUUCCUGGAUCAUGCCGGGGACAAUUCGAGACAACAUCCUGUUCGGCUUGACCUAUGAUGAGUACCGCUAUACUUCUGUCAUCAAAGCCUGCCAGCUGGAAGAGGACUUUGCCUUGCUGCCAGAGAAAGACAAGACGCUCCUCGUUGAAGGAGGGGUGACCCUCAGCGGUGGUCAAAGGGCUCGCCUCGGCCUGGCCAGGGCUGUGUAUAAAGAUGCAGACCUCUACCUGCUGGAUGCACCUUUCACCCACCUGGACAUCGUGACGGAGAAAGAGAUCUUUGAGAAGUGUGUCUGUAAACUCAUGGCCUCCAAGACUCGUAUUGUUGUCACCAGCAAGUUGGAGCAUCUCAAACGGGCAGACAAGAUCCUCCUGCUUCACAAUGGAGACUGCUACUUUUAUGGCACCUUCUCAGAGCUGCAGGCCCAGCGGCCGGACUUCAGCUCCCUCCUCCUCGGCUUGGAAGCUUAUGACAACAUGAAUGCAGAACGACGCAGUUCCAUCCUCACAGAAACUCUACGUAGGGUCUCUAUAGAUGAAACUGCAGGCUUUAGAGGCCCAGAGCCAAUGCGUCAGUCUUUCCGCCAACCGCAUCCUCCAAUAAUAGUAUCUGGACCCCAAGGCCACCCUGGAGGUGAUGGCUACCCUGAAAAACGAAAACAGUCCCUCAUCCUCAGUCCCCUCGCUGCCGCCCGCAAAUUCUCCUUCAUCGGAAACUCGCAGCAGACUGCAAACAAUCCCCAGUCCAUGAUGUCUGAGGACGGAGUUCGGGAACUCUCUGAUAGGAAAUUCUCCGUAGUGCCUGAAGAUGAUCAGGUAGAGGAGGUGCUCCCCAGGAGUAACAUAUACCAUCAUGGGUUGCCACACCUCCAUGGGCAGCGGCGCCAGUCAGUCCUGGCGUUCAUCACUCACUCUCAGGGCCAGGAGCGCCGAGAUCAGAUGCAGUCCUCCUUUAGGAAGAAACUAUCCAUUACACCGCAGUGUGACCUGGUGACAGAGCUGGACAUCUAUGCUCGCCGCCUGUCCAAGGACAGCGUUUAUGAUAUUAGUGAAGAAGUGGAUGAAGAAGACAUGGAGCAAUGCUUUGCAGAUGAACGACAGAACAUCUUUGAAACUACCUCAUGGAGCACAUAUCUGCGCUACAUCACCUCCAACAAAAGCUUGGUCUACGUCCUACUUUUCAUCAUCUUGAUCUUCAUGAUUGAGGUUGCUGGUUCAGUCAUUGGCAUUUUCCUCAUUACUGAUGAAAUCUGGAGGGAUGGAGCCAACCCUUCUUCUCCCAACUACAUCGAUGAACAGCACCCAAACGCCUCCUCGCCCCCCGUCCACUUGGCAGUCAUUGUGACACCGACCAGUGCUUACUACAUCAUCUACAUUUACGUUGCUACAUCUGAGAGCGUGUUGGCUUUGGGAUUCUUCAGGGGUCUCCCAUUAGUGCACACAUUGCUCACUGUGUCCAAAAGGCUACACGAACAGAUGCUCAGCGCCGUACUACGAGCCCCCAUGGCUGUGCUCAACACUAUGAAGACAGGUCGGAUCAUGAACAGAUUCACAAAGGAUAUGGCCACGAUAGAUGACAUGCUGCCUUUGGUCCUAUUUGACCUCAUACAGCUGACUCUGAUUGUCACAGGCGCCAUCUUCACUGUGUCCAUCAUGCGACCUUACAUCUUCAUCGCUGCAAUCCCAUUGGCUGUGAUCUUUGUGAUCCUCAGAAAGUACUUCUUAAGAACAGGACAGCAACUCAAGCUCCUGGAGGCUGAAGCUCGUAGCCCCAUCUUCUCCCACCUCAUAAUUUCCCUGAAGGGUUUGUGGACUAUUCGAGCCUUUGGCCGUCAGACCUACUUUGAGACGCUCUUCCACAAAGCACUGAACACUCACACAGCUGCCUGGUUCCACUACCUGGCCACACUGCGAUGGUUCCUCUUCAGAUGUGAUAUGAUCUUUGUCCUGUUUUUCACCGCUGCUGCCUUCAUUGCUGUUGGAACUAACCAGGACAAACCAGGGGAGAUUGGCAUCAUUGUGGCUCUUGCAAUGCUCAUCCUGGGGACUUUCCAAUGGGCUGUCAUCACCAGCAUCACUGUAGACGGACUGAUGCGUUCAGUGGAUCGGGUGUUUAAGUUUAUCGACCUGCCAUCAGAGGAGCCACAGUGGCCGGGGAAGCCCGGCGGUAAAGGAGGACCUGACCUCGUCAUUGACAACCCACACGCCCAAGACUAUUGGCCCAACCGUGGUCAGAUGGAUGUUAAGGGCCUGACUGUUAAAUACACAGAGGCUGGACGUGCCGUCCUAAGUGACAUCUCCUUCUCAGUGGACGGAGGGCAGAGUAUAGGUCUGCUGGGUCGAACAGGUUCAGGAAAGAGCACCCUGCUCUCUGCUCUGCUGCGUCUCGCCUCUACAGACGGCGAAAUCUCCAUAGAUGGGGUCUCCUGGAGCUCCGUCUCCUUGCACACAUGGAGAAAGGCUUUUGGAGUGGUGCCGCAGAAAGUCUUCAUUCUUACCGGAACCUUCCGGAUGAAUUUGGACCCGUAUGGACGUUACAGCGAUGAAGAGCUUUGGAGGGUUGCUGAGGAAGUGGGUUUGAAAUCAGUGAUCGAGCAGUUUCCAGACAAGUUGGACUUCCAGCUGGAGGACGGAGGCAACGUUUUGAGCAACGGACACAAACAGCUGCUGUGUCUUGCCCGCUCUAUCCUCAGCAAGGCUCGUAUUCUACUGCUGGACGAACCCUCGGCCUACCUUGACCCCAUAACGUUACAGGUCCUAAGGAAGACGCUGAAGCAGGCGUUCUCUGGCUGCACCGUCAUCCUAUCAGAACACAGAGUGGAGCCACUGCUGGAGUGUCAAUCAUUCCUGAUGAUAGAGGGCAGCUCCAUGAAAAGCUACGACUCCAUCCAGAAGCUUCUAAACGAGACGAGUCACCUGAAACAGGCCAUGAGCCCCGCUGACCGGCUCCGCCUCUUCCCCACGCUUCACAGACUUAAUUCCAGCAAGAGGGCACCACCGCAGACUGCCAAGAUCUCAUCUCUGCCAGAGGAAGCUGAGGACGAAGUCCAUGACACUCGCCUCUAAAACUGGCCAGGCAUACAGACACAUUAAACACAUAUUUACCUGUAACCCGCACAGACAAUACCAGGGAAUAAUGCUGUGUUUAAUACUGAUUAUAUGAACUCUAGGGGGAUAACUGAGGCAUUUUUGAUGAUAAUGAGCUUCAUAAAUCACUAAAAAAGGGAAAACUAGAAUAAUUUCCAUCAUAUUAGUGUUAAACAAAAUUAACCUGUUUUUAAGUGGUAGGUUUUCAGUUGAACCAGCACACCAAUCAGAAGAGAUGCAUAUCAGCUGAAGCAGGGAUGACACAGUAAACAGACACAAUUCAAACACACCGAAGUGCUCUGAUCAUUAUAGAUGUUUUACAGCGUUGAGAGAAAACAUUACAUGUCUGUAAAAGAUUGGAAUGUUUCAGUGGUAAGAGCCCUGCACAAAAACCUCAAGACAUAAAUUAUGCAUGAGUUUAGAUCUCAUGUGUUGGGCAAUUUAUGCAUUUGUUUUAAAUAUAAAUCACAAAAUAUAUUUUAAAAUAUAAAAUAUGUGCUAGAGAGCAGACGUUACACACAGAAGCAUGGCAGAGGAAGUUCUCCAAGUAAGAGGAUCCUCUAUAAGCAGGGCAAGUUUGCUAAAAGACAUGUGCCAUUGACAUGUAAUAACACAUGUUAACAUCAAGCCCUAUAACCUCUGGUUCAGUCUGACUGGACACUGAGCUGAUGUUGAACCAUUUCAAGUGCCUUUGCAGGGUUUAGUUCAUCAGUUGUCUUUUUAAGGACAGGACUACUCAGUUAAAAUGCCAUAAAAUCUAGAAUAUGGGUGGCAUCAAUAUUUUUUUCAGCAUGAUGGACCCAUUGAAACCAUGAAGUCUCUUCCAGCCCUGCAGCAAUAUUUACAAAUAUGAUAAAGACAGAAUAAAAAACAUGUCUUAAACAGCUGAAAUAAUUCCAGAUUCAUUCAUAUUCUCACAUCCAUACUAGCAAGCUUUCGCUUUGGUUAAAUGACAUUUUAAAGAAGCUGCAAUCACUUUUCUUCACAUAGCCCAGACACAUGCUCCACAAAAACACCAUAUGAUACAAGAGAGAGGAGCCUAAUUUAGUGUUGAAAUUAUUCCACAUAAUAUAUGCAGAAACACAAAUAUCAGUCUGACCCCAUUCAGUUACUCUUAACUUCCAUCCAUCACUUGUCUUCCGCUUAUCUGGGGCCGGGUCGUAGUGGUAUCAGGCCAAUCAAGUCCACCCAGACAGCUGUCUUUCUUGCAACAUUUUCCAGCUCCUCUUUGGGGAUAUUUGGGUGUUCCCUAUCCAGAGGAGAUAUGCCUUAAGCAAAUCCUUGGUCUACCCCAGGGUCUUCUUCUAGUUUGACGUGCCCAGAAAACCUCCACAGGGAGGCGACCAGGAGACAUCCUGGUCAGAUGCCUGGACCACCUCAACUGGCUCUUUUCGAGGCGAAGGAGCAGUGACUCUAUUUUGAGCUGCCUCUGGAUGUCUGAGCUCCUCAGCCUAUCUCUAAGACUGAGCCCAGACUUGUCUGCGCUUAAACCCACGAUCUCAUUCUUUUGGUCAUUACCCAGAGAUCUUGACCAUAUAUGAGGGUUGGAACCAAGAUUGACCAGUAAAUUGAGAGUUCUGCUCUCAAGCUUAGCUCCCUCUUCACAAUGACAGUGCAAUACUACCUAUGUUGGACCAAUUGCUGUCGAUCUCUAUAGUCCAUUCUACCCUCACUUGUAAACAAAAGCCCGAGAUAUUUGAACUCCUGAAACAUGGCCUCAGAUUUGGGGGUUUUGACCCUCAUCCCAACUACUUCACACUUAGCUACCAACAGCCCCCACUCAUGCUUCCACAGCUGAGGAAGCCAACAGAACCACAUCAUCUGCGAAAAGCAGAUGGGAAAUCCUGCGGUCACCCAACCACAACCUUGCUCACCCUGGCUGCACCUCGAGAUCCUGUCCAUGAAAAUCACCAAUAUUGGUAUUUUUAAAGUGAUACAGGUUUGAGAUCUUAUUGUAUGACUUAAGAUUUUACACAAGAAAAUACAUUAGAAGAAGUCUGUUUUCAGGGCUCUCUCAGUAACAAAAGGUUCAAACUGCCUUCCUGCAUGGUUUUUCUUUUGCUUUCAGCAAAGUCCACAACAUGCAGAAUCUGUGCUGCUAUGUGGAUCUUUUAGCACAAUCUGUUCUCUCCAUUUAGAGUUUGCACUCCCACUAGUAAUGAUAUUAUAGUCCAGCUCUUUACUUGUGAUAGUUGUGAAGUUCAGACCCACCGCUCACGAGCCAAGCAUCCCACCUCUACUGGUAAUUUGUCAAUCCACAUAUUCUGGACAGUAUUCUACUGUUUCCUUUACAAGCAGAAAAUGACCUAUUGAGGGAGAAAAGCUGUUAAAAAGCUGUGUCUUCCCCUGCUGGUAUUUGCCUGAAGAAGGCAUGCACUACAACAUAUUAAAAAAAACAUACAUUUGAAUCUGUUUUAAUUAUGGAACUGCUUUCAAAAAGGAGCUCACAGAGCAGUCACUGUUAAAGUCUAUCAUGCAUAAGGUUGCCAUCAGAUCUGAGUUUCUGUUUUAUUAAUUAUGAUUUUUGCUCCACUAUUGUAAAGGUACUUUUUAAUAAAAUAACUUGAACAACAGACAAAAAAAUAUUAAAAAUGCCAUCUAGUUCAAGCACAGAGAAGUUUCUGCUCAGUUAUAACUUUCUGCUUCAUGUACAGCAGAUCAUGCUCAGAGGAUUGCACAAUUUGUGUGCACAGUGCAGAGAGCUCUGAAUUUAAACAACUCCAUACAGUGUUUUCUCCAUAAAAUUAUUUAAAAAUGAUUAUUUGAAUAUUGUUGCAGGUGCUGCAAUACUGACAUGAACAUUAUGUAAGUGUAGAAAUUAUUAUAUUUUAGAAGACAAGAGGAUCAGAGCAUUGUUGAUGAAACCUUUGUAAGCAGCCUUUUGCAGCAGAAUAUGACUUCUACAGUGGCUUAGCAUGAAUUAUGCAAAUCUUUUUGUUCAGUGCAAGAUCUUUGGUUUGCUGUGGUCUUCCUGCAGAAUCUUAACAGCAUCAAGGGCACAUACACACAAAAACACAAAUAUUACACCCCUCCUUACACGAGACGACUCAGAUUCCCUUAUUUUUCUAUGUGAAUGCACUUUAGAGACAGCCUGAGGUACUCAUCAGCUUCCAAAGCAAGGAAAAAGUACAAAAUAAAAGCUGCACAGUUAUUUUCCAACUCCUCCAUAAAAUAAGGUGUAGUUUUAAUGCUGUAAUAACAAGUGAUGCUUUCCACUUUGAUUUUUCUGUCUUUUUCUUGAUGAAUUAUUAAGAAAAUCAAUGAUUCAUCAAAAAAUUCUGAAUGAAAUGAAUUAUAUUUUUUCAGAGUCGCUGCUGUACAGAUGCAAACAUUUAUUUAGCUUAUUCUUUUUUAUAUAAUUUUCCAGAUUGUAUCUGUUCUUCCCUCAGAAACUGGAACUAUUUUAACUCUUGUUAUUCACUUUAUGUUCUUUGGUUGAGGGAAGCGUGUGUUGCUCCUUUCAUAAUAGUUUUGUAAAGCGGCGAUGCAGAAAUUUAGGGUACUGUGGUUUUAUGCCUUGAUAUCUUAACUGUGAUGACAGAUUUUUUUACAAAGUAAAUUAAGAACAAGCUGUUUCUUACUCAUAGGAAAGGGACACAAUGUCCAAAAAUGUAUAAAUAUAUUUGUUCAAUCAAUUAUAUUUCCAGUAAAACUUCAGAUUUUGA